AUGUCAGUCAAUGAUAGCCAGGAGUUGCUUAACCUGCUUGGGAAGGAGGUUGAAGUAAGUCUUGUAAACCAAACCACUGUUACUGGCCGAGUCUACACAGUCGACCCUGAAACGCGCAACUUCAUUCUCAUGGACGAAACUUCAACAACAUUCAUCCCUUUCAGCAACAUCAACAAAUACACCUUGUUAUCAGGACACAUGAACACAGUCCAACUAUCAGAGCUUAAACAAUUAGACGAGAAACACUUCCCCUCAACCAUCAGUACCAUCAGCAAAGAAAACUGUGAGAAGAUGAAGGUGAGACUGAUCGAACAUCUGGAGAAACACAGAGUUCCCAUAGAGCUGAGGGGUGAAUCAGAGGUGGUGGUAGCGGGUGUGGUGAGCUGCAGACCACCCUAUGAUAGGAACUCUUGUUAUUCCACUAAUGAUAUAGUGCUGGGACGGAUACAGAAUAUAUUGAGCACUUUUGAGGUGUCUUGA